AUGUUUCCUCCAUGGCCUCUGUCAGGUGCUGGAGGACGCGUUAGUUGGGAGGGUGUGACGGUGGAGGUCCCUUCCGAUGACGUGGCCAUGCCAGACUGGCACGAUGACGCCAUAGACCUGACGUGGCAGAACAGCCAGCCAGUCUCGCCGCAAGGAGCUCUAUCCCAGGACUUCUCACAGCUAAUCUCCCAAGACAUUAAGCCGGAUAUCCAGCCAUUCGCCGCCUACCCACCUGCAGUGCCUCCUCCUGUGCCUGUACCCGAGCCUGCUGCCGAACCUGGAGCUGGUAGAGGACAGGAGACGAGGAGGCCCGGUGCAGCUGCGGCAGGUGGUGAGGAGGAAGUGAGCGCCCACCCUGAUGCCGGCAUCGGGUUCGGAGGUGUGGAUGGUGGUGAGAGUGCGUGCGGGUUGCACUCGCAGCCGUGCUCCAUGGAUGCGGACAUGCACGCACAUCUAUCACCCGAUAUGCACGGCCACCUAUCGCCAGACGUGCGUCUGCUCAGCCUGCAGCAGCACGAAGAGGACGAGCACGCAGGCUCCGAUGCCCAUGCGCAGGCCAACCUUUAUGCCCAUGCCGAGACCAAUGCCGAUGCUGAUGCUGAUGCUGAUGCUGAAGCUAACGCUCAUGGUGACGCGGAGGGUGCGUUGCGCGAGCGUGCACAGGGACCGGAAGGCAUGGAUGUGCCGCAGCAGGUGUGUGCUACAUGCAGAGCGUGUGCUGUGCUGCGAGAGAGCUGUGCAGAGGGGUAUGCUGUGAGCUGUGCAGAGGGGUGUGCUGUGAGCUGUGCAGAGGGGUGUGCUGUGAGCUGUGCAGAGGGGUGUGCUGUGAGCUGUGCAGAGGGGUGUGCUGUGAGCUGUGCAGAGGGGUGUGCUGUGAGCUGUGCAGAGGGGUGUGCUGUGAGCUGUGAAGAGAAGUGUGCAGAGAAAUCCGCUCUUCCUGAGCCUGCCACUGACACUUUUUGCCUUCGUGCUGAUGGUGCGGCUCAACGGCCUGGUGCUGACGUGGCUGGAGUGCCCGUUGCUGACGUGGCCGGUGAGCCUGCUUCUGACGUGGCGGUGGAUGAGGGUCCUGCAGAGGAGGCUCGCUGGCUGUCCACUGAUAGCUAUGGGUCGUUCGGGUGCAGCAGCGUUCAGCCCGUGACUCAAGAGUUUCCAGACUCUGCCGACCUCUUCCCCCUGCCUGCUGACCACGCUCACAGGCUGGGCCAUGGGGACAAGGACGAUAAUGCAGCUGCUUGUAUGGGGGACAAGGAUGAUAACGCAGCUGCUUCUAUGCGGGACAAGGGCAAUAAUUUAGAUGCUUCUAUGGGGGACAAGGACGAUAAUGCAGCUGCUUCUAUGGGGGACAGGGACAAUAACGCAGCUGCUUCUUAUGGGAAUGAAGAGGAUAGUGCUGCUGAGCUGGAUGGGGCCGAAGAGGGGAAGGUGGUGAAGGACAGUAGUGCAGCAGAUAGUAACGGGGACGUGGGAGGUGCAGACAAACAGGGUAAUACAGCAACUGAUAACGGGGAUGAGGGCGAUGGGAUAGGUGAAGAGGGAACUAGAGAGGGCCACGUGGGGAGGGAAGGCGAAAGGACGGGAGCGAAAGAUGGGGGGGGAGAGGGCAGGCGAGGGGAAGAGGAGCUAAGUGAUAAGUGUGCAGGAGUGGGUGUGGGUGGAGAGGAAACGAGCACGAGGGAGGGAAGGGGUGGAGGGAAGGAAGGGGAGCGGGUCGUUGGGGCAGUAGAGGUGCAGAUUGGAGAGCGGGGUGCAUCAAGUGUGGAGUUGGGGAGAGAAGGUAAAGGGGGUAGUGGCGGACUGGUGGGACGCGAGACAGAGAGGGGUGAGGGGGAGGGGGCAGGGGUAGGAGAGGGAGAGGAAGAAGCUGCGGAUGGGAAAGACGAGGACGGAGGGAGAGUGGAGUUGGCUGUGGGAGUGAAGGAGGGGCAGGAGGGAGGCGAGGGGAAGGAGACGGAGGAGGGAGGGGAAAGGAAGGAGACGGAGGAGGGAGGGGAAAGGAAGGAGACGGAGGAGGGAGGGGAAAGGAAGGAGACGGAGGAGGGAGGUGAGGGGAACGAGGUGGAAGGAACCGAAGGGGCGGAGGAGAGGAAGGAGGCGGAGGAGGUUACGGGGCGGAGAAGAGAAGCCGCAGAGGAGGAGGAGGAGGAGGAGGAGGAGGAGGAGGAGGAGGAGGAGGAGGAGGAGGAGGAGGAGGAGGAGGAGGAGGAGGAGGAGGAGGAGGAGGAGGAGGAGGAGGAGGAGGAGGAGGAGGAGGAAGGGGACGCAGUACAGGCUCAUGUGCAGCCUGCAAGCUCAGUCCAAGCUGAGGAUGGCGACUUUGGCUUGAAGGCUGCUGCUCACCUUGAUGUGGAAGGAGAAGCAGGCAGCCCUGUGAGUCCGGCGAUGGAGGAGGAGAAGGAACGCGAGCAGGCGAGUAGCGAUGGCGAGGGAGGGGAUGAUGUGGAGAUGGCAGAAGCGGGUGUGAAGCCGACGUUUGAGGCGUGGCUGCCAGAAGAUGGGGCAGAGGAGGGUUUGUUUGAGACGCAACAGACAAAGGAUGUGAUGCAUGUGUACGGGGAUGACUCUGCUGCUGCUGCUGCCCUUGCGGAUGUGCCAGGAGCUCCCUCAGCCGAUUUCCCCAUGACUUUUGAGACGCCUCAGAAGUCGUUUGACACGCAGCCAACAGGGGAUGCGAUACAUGUGGGCCCGGAUGAUUCUGUUGCUGCCCUUGCGGAUGUGUCACCAGCUCCCUUUGCUGAUGUCCCCAUGGCACUGGAUGGUGAUGCAGUCAACGACGGGGAGGUGGAGGGAGCAAGGGAGGUGGAGGGAGAAAGGGAGGUGGAGGGAGCGAAGGAGACGGAGGGCGAAAAGGAGGUGGUGGGAGAAAAGGAGGUGGUGGGAGAAAAGGAGGCGGAGGGAGAAGAGGAGGUGGGGAAUGCGGCAGCAAUAGAACGUGAGCAGAAAGAGAUGGAGGAGAAGAGGAGGGCGGAGAGGUUGGGGGGUAUAAGUUCAGUCUACGGCACUUUCACUCGCUUUGCCAAGAGCCUCUUUUCUGGUGCCUCCAGUGUCGACGCCGGGGGUGGCAUUGGUGGUGGCGAGGGCGAGAGUGCUGGUGGUGCCGCUGCAGGUGGCUAUGAAUCGCAGGAAGACAGAGGAGAGAGGGACGGGGAUGUUCCUGCUGCUGCUGCUGCUGCUGCGUCCACAGGGGCUGAUGUUGCUACAGCCACUGCUGAUACUGCUGCUACUGCUGCUACUACUGCUGCUACUACGGCUACUACUGCUGCAGCUGCUGCUACUACGGCUACUACUGCUGAAGCUGUUGCUGCUGCUGACGAGGAGACACAGGACGCAGAGGGGGUGGUGCUAGUGCGAGAGGAGGAGGAAUCGCAGAGGGCACAGGAGGAGGACGCGCAGUGGACAGAGGCGUAUGACUCUCAGGACACACAUGGAGAUGAAGUGCAGGAGACGUCUGUUGAGAAGCUGACUUCUGAGUUGACUCAAAAGUCAGUGGGGGUGACGCUCGGGGAAGAGGAGGCGGAAUUGCUGAGGACACAGGAGGAGAAAAACGUGCAGUGGACAGAGGCAUAUGACACCCAGGAGACACAUGGAGCUGAAGUGCAGGAGAUCUCUGUUGAUAGAUCCCAAGAUACGGCUGCAACAACAGGGCAUUAUAAAGAGUCUCCUGCAGCAUCCGAGCAUUCUCAAGAAUCGCCCGCAGCAACCCAGGAGAGAGAUGGCGUUGCUGCCCAGGAGAUGCAGGAGGAGGAGGAAGGGCAUGAGGAGCAGGCAGAGGAGGCGAACGAGGCGGACACAGAACAAGGGAAUGAGGCGGGCUCAGAGGAAGCGGAGGUGGUGGUUGGUGUGGGAGGGGUGAAUGGAGCUCAAGAGAUAGCUGAGGGGGAGCGGGGGAAGGAGAAGGAGGAGGAGGAAGGAGUGGAGGCGGAUGAGGAAGGGGAGAGGUUGUUGGUGGGCCGUGAGCCGGGGGUGGAUCUAGGAGGAGGAGGAGGGGGAGGGGAGAGAGGUGCAGGUGAGGAGGAGGCGGAGAUAGUGGUGGAAGUGGGGGGUACGGGAGGGGGAGUGAGAAUGGAUGUGGGGGGGAUGGGAGGUGGGGCAACAGGGGUGGUGGGUGGGGGGGAACAAGAGGUAGCCAGAGUAGCAGUUGAGGGGGGAUGGGUGAGAGAGCAGGUAGGAGUAAUUGGGAAGAGGCGGAGUGAAGAGAAGAGCGCAGGGGAGGACAGGCAGACAGGACAGACGGGCUUGGCUGUCCUUGGCCGUGGUAGUGGCAGUGCACGUGGCGGCGAGGGGAGCUCUUUUGAGGUACGUGAGAAGCAGGGGGGCGUGGCUGGUGCUGACAGUGGUGCCCGUGCGGGGAGUGAGACGCAGUACGAGGCGGUGGUUCCUGAAGACAGGACGGAAGCAAGGGGAGGAGAGGGAGCACGAGGAGUGCCAGAAUCUGAGGGGCGGGGGACAAGGGGAGGGAAGAACAGAGGAACAGGAGAGGCUGGAGCGAAGGAGGAAGGAAAAAGAGCAUCGGCUGCGAAAGGUUCAGCGGCUUUACAGCGCAGCAAGCAAAUCUCAAAGAUUGACAUGUCAGCGAGAGUGGCAGUGGAUGUGCCGGGAGUAACCGCUGCAGCUGCUGACACGAUCGCCGAGGCACUAGCUUCCAAAAUGGCCGGCGAGGUGGCAGCAGCCAUUGCUGCUGGGCUCGGCAGGGCCAACAAAAGGCCAGGUUCUGCCGUUCAGGAUGAGAGCAGGGUGAAGGAAAAGAACAGGAGGCACAGUCAGGGGAAGGAUGGGAGUUAUGGGAAGGACGUUCCCAAGGAUGGAGAUGUGCUCUUCAGGUCGUCCCGAUGCGCGGUGGUGCCAAGAUUGGGUGAGGGUUCAGCAGCAGAAGAGCUGGAGUUUGAAGUGGUGGUGGUUGGGCGGAGGAGGAAGAGCACUGGGAGCCCUGCUGACACACCCACAGCAACUCCAGGGGAAGGCAUGGGCUGUGCUGAUGAUGCUGAGGAGGGUGGUUUACAGGAAAGGCCGCAGGUUGCAAGUGAGGGAAGAAAGCGAGCACGUGGGCUGAAGCAUGAAGGGAGGAGUAGGCACAAGGAAGGGACGACUGAGGAACCAGCGUUAGGUGAACCAGUGUCAGGAGGUGGCGCCAUGGAUACCAGGAGAGCCUCCACUGGUGGUGAGGAUGCGGGUGGUUCCAGGGCUAGAGUUUCGCCUGUCACGCCAAAUGUUCCAGUUGCCAGCUCUGCUCCUGCUUCUGCGCCUCCACCAAUCAGGAAGAAGUGGUGGCAGCAUUUGUACGAAUCACCUGGUGGUCGAGGAACGGGCAGGCAGGAUAGCACAGGAGCGGUGUCUCGGAUGAAUGAUGCUCCAGAGAUUGAUCCAUCGUGGGACCUUCUAGAUGUAUUGAUGAAUGCAGGGGUAUCCCUACCACUGCCAUCACGAAGGAAUCGGCAACGCACACAGUUGUGA